GUGCGGGGAUUCUCGGCGCCCUGCCACUGAUAGGUGGAUGGCUAUAUAGUGAGGAGAGCAUCCAUAGGAGAGGAGAUCCACUCACAAAUAAGAUCCCGUUCAGACUAUCAGCAAUUUAAAAACAAAACAAAGCCAGUUUAGUUAUAUCCAGGAUGCGUGCUCUUGUGGUCUUGCCUCUGCUGCUUUGUGCCAUCGCGUGGGUUGGCAGCGCAAAAAGCGAGGUCAAAGCGGUGAAACUGUGCGGCCGGGAGUUCCUGAGAGCUGUGGUGUACACUUGCGGAGGAUCCCGUUGGAGGAGGUUCCAAGCAGAGUCAGACAUGGAUGGUGUGUCCACAGGAGAGGAGAACUCUUUGGAAAGUUUGCCAAGUAUCAGAACCCACCCAGGCUCAGACUUGAGCAGGCGGGACAUGAACAAUAUCCUUACUACAGUGUGCUGCCAGGUGGGCUGCAGGAAGAGCGACCUCGCCUUCCUCUGCUGAGCGCCGCCAUCCUGCUGAGCAUCAUCGUCGUCAAGCCACCAAAAAUUAAUCAGUCAAUCUCAAAAAUGCUUGAAGACAACUUGAUCAUAUGAAUUACAAUUCUCAUUUCCAUAAAUUCAUUUUAUAAUUGCUUUUUUUGUUUUUAAAACGUUAUGGAUGGGGUUUAUUUUUUUAACUUUCAUUUAAAUGUCAUUUUAUUUUUGGUAAACAAUGAUACCAAUAUUUGGACUUUACCAAAUUUUCAAUUGAGAGUGUUGCAUGUCAUAGCACGGUCAAACCAUAGGGAGGAAAAAUGACAAUUUGGUUGAGUCCAAAGCACUCUUUGAUAUGUUGGUUUUUAUUUAAAUGGAGGGAAUAUGCUUUCAUUUUGUUGUUUUGUCAAAUAAAUGUUAUUGCACAGACUCUUACUCUUUG